AUGGUCCUCGACGAUUCAUCUCCCCAAGCGGAGCAAUUUUCAUCCACUAUAGAAAAUCCCGAGUUCCCAUUACCCAAGCAUCUCCUCCCGCUGCGAGUUCGACCGGAAACAAUUGUUCGACCCGACAUCGUCACAAUGGCCUUCUAUCCGGGCUCAUACGCCUGGAGACAUACUUUACGGAGCAGUAUCGUUGUGCGUCUCAACCAGGCGCGGGUUGGUCUGCAACGUCUACCCUCCCAAGAAGAAGCAGACGCGAUGAUCACACAUUGCAGUCGUAAGAUAUACGUCGACCGCACGGGGGCGCCUCUGGGUGUCAUUGGAUUUCUCCUAUGGGAAAUCAGGAAACUCAACAAGUUGGAUAAAGCAGAUGCGACUCCUAGGAAGGACCAUACGACAUUUAGCCCGCAGAGGGCCAGGCCGAGUCUGAUGCGGCUAUUUAGACCGAGUAAUAUCGGGAGCUUGUUCUUGUGGUCGUUCUCCGGCAUGUUUUUUACUUCAAUAUAUGCCUCGACUCAGGAGCAGGUGAAUUCCUUAAAGGAUCUGAGAUUAGCUGCGUACAGAGAAGAAUUGGCCAGUCAGGAUCAGAAUGAAUUGCACCGGAGGCAGUUAGAGGCGUUGCGUCAGAGUAUGCAGGGGCUUCCUAACUCAUCACAGACGAAGACACCGUCUCAAGAGCAGGAGCAGCAAGACCAGCGGUCGGAGGCGGCGUGGUGGGACAAAACGACUCAACAGCGGAGCGGAGCCUCGGAACCUAAGAAGAAUCAACACGAUUCCUUGUAUUCGCAAGGGACACUAUCUCAAUUGAUUGCGGAUCAGACACAGGGCCGGAGUUUCUUUGAUGAUUAUGAUGAUGCCAGCCCCACAGCGCCGGCGUUUAAGGCAGCGGAGCGUGCGCAGCAGAAAUACCCUGAAGGAAAUUCCUGGGAGCGUAUCAGACAGCAGGCUAUUUCGGGCUCGUCUCAGCAAGACCAGCGGGAUGAGACACAACAGGGACAAGGGGGCUGGAACUCGUGGGGAAGUUCUAGUUUUUCAAGCGGGGGCUAUGAUAGGCAUCAAGAACGGCAGCAGUCUCAGGCGGAGUUUGAUCGGCUACUAGAAUCUGAGAGGAAUAUUGGUAGUGACUCCUGGGAUACGAAGGGCUGGGAAAAAUAG